UAGUACGCGGUAGAAGCAUUGGUCCUUCUAGUCCCACCGAGCUAAACUACAGUGGCCUUUUGCCUUCCACUCUUAAUCAGCAUUCUCACAUGGCUAGCUCAAAGGUUCUGUGCACUUGCAUUUUGAUUAUCGUCGUCAGCUCAAGCCAAGCCGAGGCGAGGCGCCUCACGACUGCGAGGGUGGCGGCGGUGGCGAGCAAGGGCAAGGAGCCAUGGGGCGCGUUGGAAAGUAACAGUCGAAGCUUCAGAGCAACUUCAACUGAGACUAGUGUAGCAGGGGCAGCAGGGUUAGACGGCGAAGCCAUGUCGACCGCCACUACAGUGGAGUCCCGGGGGACGGCCCCUGGGAACAGCCCCGGCAUAGGCAACAAAGGGAAGAUCAACAACUAGCAACCUAGCGGUGUAUAUUUUGGUUGAAAGGCUAUAUAAGCCUGUAGCUACUUCGUACUUGAUUUGUUUUUAGUUCUCUUAACAUUCUAUGCUCUUGAAUUAUGUUUCUUUGUUGCGAGUGCAUGUUUUCCAGUUCGUUGUGGAUCGAAGUGUGUACUCAUGUUCUGCUUAGUUUGUUGAGAUAAAUAAAGUUCCGUGGGAUCGAUUGCCAGAAUUUA